UAGAAAUCUACUCACAAAAAUGGCAUCCUGGUUGUAUGAAUGUCUUUGUGAAGCUGAACUUGCACAGUAUUAUCCUUAUUUUACUGCUCUUGGCCUUCGGAAAAUAGAUGAAUUAGCCAAAGUUACAAUGAAGGACUACUCCAGAUUGGGAGUCCAUAACAUGAAUGACCGCAAACGUCUCUUCCAACUUAUCAAAAUUAUUAAGAUUAUGCAGGAAGAAGAUAAAGCAGUCAGUAGCCCAGAGCAUCCUCUUCAGACAAGCAGCCUGUACAUCAGGCCUCAGAAAUCCAGGUCUGGCCCUUGCAGGCAACUGCAUUUUGAUUCUCCUGUUGGCAGCAAAGACAGAACUGCCAGCAACAGUGGCUUUGAAAUGUGCAAUUUAUCAGAUUUCUCUGCAAAUGAACAGAAGCCCAGUUGCCUAAAAGUGCUGGAGCACAUGCUAUCAGAUGAUUCCCAAUACCAUGAAAAAACAAGAAUUCUUAAUGCCACAGCUGCUGAUUCCUAUGUGCAAACAAAAAUGAACACUCCACUCUUUUCAUCAAGUCAUUUUUCUCCAGUACCGGGGGAUUGUGAUAUUCCCAUUAUUCAAAGAGUCUCUCAUGUGUCGGGGUAUAAUUAUGGAAUCCCUUAUUCUUGUAUCAGACAGAAUACCUCAGAGAAAGAGAAUCCUUGGACUGAAAUGGAGAAAAUCAGAGUUUGUGUUCGAAAACGCCCUCUGGGUGUGAGGGAGUUACGUCGUGGAGAAAUUAAUAUUAUUACCGUAGAAGACAAAGAAACCUUGCUUGUACAUGAGAAGAAAGAAGCAGUUGACCUCACACAAUAUAUUCUGCAGCAUGUUUUUUAUUUUGAUGAAGUCUUUGGUGAGGCGUGCACCAAUCAGGAUGUAUACAUGAAGACUACUCACCCACUCAUUCAGCAUAUUUUCAAUGGAGGCAAUGCUACUUGCUUUGCAUAUGGACAGACAGGCGCUGGAAAGACCUACACCAUGAUAGGAACUCAUCAGAACCCAGGACUGUAUGCUCUGGCUGCCAAAGAUAUCUUCAGACAACUAGAAGUGUCCCAGCCAAGAAAGCGCCUCUUUGUGUGGAUCAGUUUCUAUGAAAUCUACUGUGGACAGCUUUAUGACCUCCUAAAUCGAAGAAAAAGGCUCUUCGCAAGAGAAGAUAGCAAGCACGUGGUACAGAUAGUGGGACUUCAAGAGCUUCAGGUGGCUAGUGUGGAGUUCCUUUUAGAGGUGAUCUUAAAGGGCAGCAAGGAGCGCAGCACCAGGGCCACUGGAGUUAAUGCAGAUUCUUCCCGCUCCCAUGCUAUCAUCCAAAUUCAGAUCAAAGAUUCAGCCAAGAGGACGUUUGGCAGGAUCUCUUUUAUUGACUUGGCUGGCAGUGAAAGAGCAGCAGAUGCCAGAGACUCAGAUAGACAGACAAAGAUGGAAGGCGCAGAAAUAAACCAGAGUCUUCUGGCUUUGAAGGAAUGUAUUCGAGCACUGGAUCAGGAACACACCCAUACUCCCUUCAGGCAAAGCAAGUUAACUCAGGUCCUGAAGGACUCUUUCAUUGGUAAUGCCAAAACCUGCAUGAUUGCCAACAUCUCACCAAGCCACGUGGCCACAGAGCACACUCUGAAUACCUUGCGCUACGCUGACCGGGUGAAAGAACUAAAGAAAGGCAUCAAAUGUUGUGCUUUAGCUACCAGUCAAAAUCGGACGUCUGGAAACUCCUCUCCAAAACGAAUUCAAAACUCCCCUGUGGCCCUGCCAGGGGACAAGUGUUCUCCCAAAAAAGUCAAGCUAGGACUUCAGCAGUCACUCACAGCAGCCUCUGGCUCCAUGAGAGGGAAGGCCCAGCCUCUGGCUGCCCACCCACCCAACAUCCCAUUUGCUUCUGUACCUAAGGCCCCUGGUAAAAGGGGUGGCUUCAGAGGGAGUCCUCCCCAAGAGUGGGUCAUUCAGACUAGCCCUGUCAAAGGAACCAUGGGGUCUGGACAUUUGGCCAAAAAAAAGGCAGAAGAAUCAGUACCAUCGUGCUCUGAGAAAAAUCAAAUCAGCAACAAAACUGCCCUUGGGUGGGGAAGCAGGGCCCCUGGCCCAGGAGAAAGCCUGGUGAAUGGUAAGCUGCCUGCCAAGUGCAAGAAAGUGCAGACUGUGCAGCCAGUGCGGAAGCAGCUUGUGUCCCGAGUUGAGCUCUCCUUUGGUGACCUCCACCACUUAGCAGAGUACAGUCAGGACAGCAAGGGGGGCGCCCUUGCCAGGCCUGCCUCUGAAGCUUGGACAAACAUCCCUCCACAUCAGAAAGAGAGAGAGGAACAUUUGCGCUUUUAUCACCAGCAGUUUCAGCAGCCACCUCUCCUCCAACAGAAGUUAAAGUACCAACCACUGGAAAGGCUAUUAUGCCAGUACAGGCCCCAAGAAGAUCAGCUCCCGGAUGAGACCGCCCCUCCGUUCCACUCUUACGCUGAGAGCCAUGAUGGGGCCCAAGCUGAAGACCUUGACGAUAGCGAUUUCAGUGAGGAUUCUUUUUCACAUGUCUCCAGUCAGAGGACCACAAAGCGAAGAAACACCCUGGAGAAUAGCGAAGACCCAUUCUUCCUUCAUCAGAGGGAGCAGAGUGCUGAGGGGCAGGCGGCCGAAAGGCAGCAGAGUCUAUUUUGUAGCCCUAGGACAGAUGGUGACGAGAAGGAUCUAACUGAAAGCUGGAUGUGCUCAAGGGACCCCACAAAUUCCAGAACAGCAGUGCUCGAUCAUGGCUGCAGCCUAAGUGAGGUGCCCUUGGACUGGAGCAGAGACGGGGACUCCUCACUGAUUUCUCCCAAGGGCAAGCUGGCAGAAAAGCCUUACUGCUCCCAGGUAGAUUUUGUAUAUACCCAAAAAAGGGGUGGAGACCCAGCCUUUAAUCUCAGGCAGGAUGCCUUCAGAAGUAAGGUCCCUGGGCAGACUGAGGGCAGCUCACCAUCACCAGAAGAGGACAGUGUCAUUGUCUCACUGUCCCACAUUGCAGUUCCUGGGUCCCCAGACCAAAGACACACAGUCAGCACACCUUUGAGAGAAGUCAGCGAAGACAGCCCAACUCUAAUGACCAGAAUAGUGAAAAAUAAUGACCCUUUCCAAGGAGAAGACUCUGGAGGAGAAUCAGGCACAUGCUCUGAAUAUGCUUCUAGACUGAUGGCUCCCCUCUCGGUUUCCCUCCUGGAGAAUCCCGACAAUGAGGGCUCGCCUCCCUUGGGGCAGAUGGUCCAGGAUGGGGCUGCCCACACUCUAGUGGCAGAGGGCACAGGAAGGUCAGUUGUGGGCCAGACAGUGUCAUGUGGUGAUCAAGAGGCAGUCCUGCCAGUGUCUUCGGCAACUGGGCACCUGUGGCUCUCUUCUUCUCCCCCUGACAAUAAGCCUGGUGGUGAUCUGCCAGCUCUCUCCCCAUCACCCAUCCAUCAGCAUCCACCUGAAAAGCUGUUCAAUGAGGAUGCUGACCUGGGAGAGGCCUGCCAGGGCAGAGAGACUGCGCCUUUCUCCCAGGACCACACAGGUAGCAAGUCGUAUGAUGCUCACGCCGAGGAGCGAGAACUGGGCGGGUCCUGGAGUUUCCCAAGAAAGCCCUUCCCUACCACUUACACUGGGAGUUCUCACUCUGGGCCUAUACUCAUCCCACAGACAGGAAUUAGUGAUGUGGCUUACCAGCCCUGGGCCCAGGAGAGAAAACAUCUGGCAGGGCAGAGUUGGCAGGAACCGGCUUUGUCCACAGACCCCAGCAAGUUGCCCGGCUACCACAAGGACAAACAUAGGCUGAAACGCAGGCCAAUCCCAAGGUGCUUAGCAAGGCCAGGCUCUGCCCUGGUCCCCAGCUGCUCUGCCAAGAUUUCAGGAACACUCCACAAGCCCACCCUGGGGCAAGCACAGCAGGUGGUAAUCCGAGCACACCAGGAACAGCUGGAUGAGAUGGCCGAGCUGGGCUCCAAGGAGGAGACCCUGAUGAACCAGCUGACUUCUGAUGAUUUUGAAGAUUUUGUGACCCAGUUGGAUGAAAUCAUGGCUCUGAAAUCCAAGUGCAUCCAGAGUCUGAGGAACCAGCUGCAGCUGUACCUGGCUUGCCACAGGCCGGCUGCAGCCCCCGAGAGGACAGUGGUAUCCUAG